UGAAGUCUAGCAACUUGAUGAAGAAUAACGCAUUUGCGAAGUGUUGUCAACAUCAGGAAGCUGAGAUUUUGACAGUGAAAACUUUUAUUUUGCAAAAUAAUCAAGGCGAAGUCAAUGAAGAUGAAAUGGGCAUUCAAAGAGGAGCAUUCUCUUGAGAGCAGAUGUCAAGAGUCUGCCAAGAUCAGGGCAAAGUACCCUGAUCGCAUACCAGUUGUCGUAGAGAAGUCACCGAGAUCUGUUAUACCUGACAUCGAUAAGAGGAAGUUUUUGGUCCCAAGUGAUUUAUCAGUUGCUCAAUUCAUGUAUAUUUUACGGAAGCGAAUUCAACUCCCAGCAGAGAAGGCAUUCUUCCUCUUCGUCAAUAAAGUUCUUCCUGCAACAAGCGCAAGUAUGGGAACGAUCUACGCGGAACACAAAGAUGAAGAUGGUUUCGUUUACUUUGCCUACAGCGGAGAAAAUACAUUUGGAUAGGACUCAAAUCAGGACUAGGGAGACAUCAUCAUCGACGGUGGUGGUGGGGGGGGGGGGGGGGGGCUGGACAAGAUAUAUCUGCCAGUACCUCAGUGUCCUUCACCUUUGUUUUGAACUUUGUAUAAUUAUUUGUAAAUAGGCAAAUGUUAAAAUUGUAUUCAUGGUAUUCAAGACUUUGGAUGUAUUGCUCAAUCAUACUCCUUUGAAGAAUUUGAAUCAGUGCUGCAGUUAGCUUAAGUUCGAACAAUAUUUUGUGUCCAGUUAAACAUGCACAGGAUGAAUAAGUAGGCCCGGUACCUUGGUUACUGCUAUGCUUGGUUACCUUGGUUACUUAUCAAUGCAUGACCAGAUACAAAGUCUAGGUCCGAGUUCUGCCGACCGAGUUCUGAUUCAAAGGUCUUGAAGGAGUAGUUGGCUGUAUUUUUGCAAAUUUAUGCCAUGCAUUGGUUGUUUUCAAAAACACUCCAAAAACUGCUGGUUUUUAUGGGAAUUCUGGUUAAAAUAAGUUGUUGUCAUCUUCCUAUAUUUGGUCCAUUUGGGCUGAGGUGUGUGAAUGAGUUGUUGUAGUGCAUACCAACAUGUGUGAGUACAUGACGACAGCCUUAAACAUAUUGGCUACCAGCCAUGUCUCUUGAACAAUACUGGUGCACUAAAUGUGUUUUCAAAAGCUGUUGUGAUCUUGGUCAGAAAAUGUACAUUUGCAUACACUUUGGGCUGACAUCUGCCCAAGAACUCAGUCAUCCUCCUCACCCGUCAUCAUCUAAAGACACUUCUCCUUUCAUUUUCUGAUCAAUGUAUACAAAGAUUGCUAGUUCCACCAAUGUGAAAUAGUUUAUGCAUGUGACUGCUUGCACCAUUACAUAGUAAAUAUUUCAGUUAUACUGGACAAUUUCAGAUUUACUUCAUUAUAUUUAUAAAUAAAAAAAUUGCAAAACUUA